AUGGCUGCUGCAGCCGAGGUCCCCCCGUGCUCCUCACCCGCCCGUCCCCUCGGCUCUUCACAGCAGGAGGAUAAGGAAGGCUUGGAGAAGAUCAACACAAGACCUGGCAAGAUCAUCCUCUACUCCGACGCCGGCUUCGCGGGGCACAAACGGGAGAUCUGGGACGACGUCCCCGACGCCACGUCCUGGGAGCUCUCGCACACCAUCUCCAUCCGAGUCAUCCGAGGCGGGUGGGUGAUGUACGAGAAGCCGCGGUUCCGCGGGCGCAAGUGCGUCCUGGCCGAGGGGGACGUGGAGAUCGACAACCCCUGGACGGCGUACGGGGACACCGGGGACACCGGGGACAGCGGGCACCGCGGGCAGCCCCGCGGGAGCCGCCCCUUCCGCAUCGGCUCCUUCAAGAGGGUGGUGCGGGAUUACCGCACGCCCGAGAUCAGCCUCUUCGCCGGGGAGAACGGCCAGGGCGCCCGGCUCAGGUUCAGCGGCUCGGCCGAGGACACCCGCGAGCGGGGCCAGGCGCUGGCCGCCGCCUCCAUCAUCGUCCACUCGGGCCUGUGGCUGCUUUACUCCAAGCCUUUCUUUGAUGACGACCCCUACGUUCUGGAGCCGGGCGGGUACCCCAAUUUAAAGGCUUGGGGAGCAAAGGAUCCAUCCAUCUGCUCCAUGCAUCCCAUCAGGCUGGGCUGCCCCGUCGUGGAGAGACCUGGUGAGCCACAGGUGCUGAUCUAUGAAGCUGCAGCUUUCCAGGGCCGCAGCUUCACCAUCAGCAGAGACAUCUAUGACCUAAAACGCCUGCCCGAGGCAGCGCUGCCCACCGUGGGCUCCCUGCGUGUCCUGGGUGGCUGCUGGGUUGGCUACGAGAAGGAAGGUUUCCGUGGCCACCAGUACCUGCUGGAGGAAGGGGAGUACCAGGACUGGAGGCAGUGGGGCGGCUACAGCAAGGAGCUGGUGUCCCUGCGGCUGAUCCGGACGGACUUCUCUGACCCAGCGCUGGUCCUGUUCGAGGCCAUGGACUUCGAGGAGGGCGCGAGCGUGGAGCUGAGCGAGGCGCUCCCCGACACGCGGCUGGCCGGCUACGGCAGCGGCACGCAGUCCAUGCACGUGCUGAGCGGCGUCUGGGUGGCCUACGAGGGCCCCAACUACUCUGGCGAGCAGUACAUCCUGGAGAAGGGCGUGUACCGCAACUGCGAGGACUGGGGGGCCACCGACUGCCGCAUCGCCUCGGCACAGCCCAUCCUGCAGGUCAGGCAACACAACCUGCACUUCGUCUCCAAGAUCCUGCUUUUCUCAGAGCCCGACUUCUCGGGGAAUCACGUCGCCUUUGAGGAGGACCAGGAGGCCCUGCCCGAAGCCUUCAUCCCACGCUCCUGCAGAGUGCGUGGGGGCAGCUGGAUCCUGUUCGAUGGGCAGGACUUUGCCGGGGAGCAGCACGUGCUGUCCGAGGGCGAGUACCCCACACUCAGUGCCAUGGGCUGCCUCUGCUCCACCGCCAUCCGCUCCCUGAAGAGAGUUCCACUGUUUUUCUCGGAGCCCUCCAUCUUCCUGCACGGGCUGGAGUGUUUCGAGGGCAAGGAGAUCGAGCUGAACUCCGAAGUGCGGAGUCUCCAGGCUGAGGGUUUCAACAACCACGUGCUGUCGGUGCGGGUCAAAGGAGGGAUCUGGGUGCUGUGCGAGCACGGCGACUUCCGAGGGCGGCAGUGGCUGCUGGACUGCACCGAGAUCACCAACUGGCUGACCUACAGCGGGCUCCAGCACGUGGGGUCCCUCUACCCCAUCCGCCAGAGACGCAUCUAUUUCCGCAUCAGGAGCGGGGAGCUGGAGCUCUUCCUCUCGGUCCCCGACGACGUGGAGGACAUGAAGGCGGGGCGGGUGGUGGUCUCCAGCCUGAGCGAGCAGAGCAGCUCCGUCUGGUACUACGAGGACGGGCUGAUCAAAAACCAGGUGGCCCCCAACAUGAGCCUGCAGGUCAUCGGGCCGGCUGGGAAGGGCGCCAAGGCCGUGCUGUGGUCCGAGACGCGGGUGCCACGUCAGACCUGGAGCGUCGAUUCCCAGGGACGGAUCCGCAGCCAGAUGUUCGAGGAUAUGGUCCUCGACGUCAAGGGCGGCCGAAGCUACGACCGGGACCAUGCCAUUGUCUGGGACAUGGCUGAUGAGCGACCCACGCAGAUCUGGGACAUCCAGGUGCUGUGAGGGGCAGAGGUGCCACGGGGCAGGACGGGGACACUCUGCCAACAUCCCCACACAGGGGCAGGAGGCCUCAGACCC